UUGAGUAUUACAUACAUCGACCCUCCAUUCGUCAACAUUCUACAUAAUUUCCUCUCCAUAUUCCUCUCUCUGUGAAAAUGGAUUUGCUUCCUCUACUUCAAGCAACCGGAACCCUUGUAGCCCUACUUCUCCUCUCCAAAAUAUGGAUAUCCAAAAACACCACCACAAACAAACACUUUAUCCAAGCCCCACAACCAAAGGGUGCAUGGCCGAUCCUCGGCCACCUCCACCUCCUCGGCAACCAAAUCCCACUCUUCCGAACCCUCGCCGCCAUGGCCGACCAACACGGUCCCAUCUUCACAAUCCGACUCGGGUUCCGCCAAGCAGUCGUAGUGAGCAGCAAACAAACAGUCACCGAAUGCUUCACUGUCAACGACCGAGCUUUCAUGUCUCGCCCCCAAACCGCUGCUCUCAAAUACAUGGGCUACAAUGGUGCCUUUUCCUCGCUCGGACCUUCCGAUGACUACUGGCGCCAGCUCCGUAAAUUUACCACCCAUGACCUCCUCUCUAACCGCAAUUUGGAGUCGUUUAAGCAUGUGCGAGCCCUGGAGAUGGACUUGUCCAUCAAAGAGCUCUAUUCACUCUCCAUCAAAAAUGAGUGUAAGGUGAAAGUGAGUGAAUGGUUUAGGCAAGUGACGAUGAACAUGAUGCUAAGGGCUAUCGUGGGGAAGAGAUACAGCUUCGGUGACAGCGAGAGAGGCAAGGAGGCAAGGCAGUUCGCGAGAACGAUGGAAGAGUUCAUGUAUUUGGGUGGUGUUUCUGAGUGUUCGGAUGUGAUUCCCGGGAUUGAAUGGUUGGAUUUGCAGGGUAAUGUGAAGGCUAUGAAGAAGAAUGGUAAAGAGAUGGAUUAUUUCAUGAGUAUGUGGCUUGAAGAACAUGUGCAGAGCAGGAGAGAAGGAAAGGUGAAGAAAGAUGAAAGAGACUUCAUGGAUUUGUUGUUGUCUUGCUUCCCUGAAGAUGGUGAUGGGUUGGUGUUUGGACGCAAGAGUGAAGACAUCAUCAAGGCGACCGCUCUGUCCCUUAUCUUAGGAGGCUCUGAUACCACAACAGCCGCCUUAUCCUGGGCAGUUUCCCUACUUCUAAGCCAUCCCACAACCCUCAAGGCAGCACAACAAGAAAUAGACAUGUAUGUUGGACAUGGAAAUGUAAGAUGGUUAGAUGAAUCAGAUACCAAGAACUUAGUCUACCCCCAAGCCAUCAUCAAAGAAACACUACGACUUUACCCUCCAGGACCCUUAUCUAUACCACGCGAGUCCAUUCAAGACUGUCAUGUCUCUGACUACUAUGUCCCCAAAGGCACUCGUUUGAUAGUCAACGUUUGGAAGCUCCAGCGUGACCCUCACAUAUGGACUAAUCCUGAUGGGUUCAAACCAGAAAGGUUUCUUGCAUGGCAAGCAAAAGAGGAUUUAAUAGGGCAACAAUUUGAGCUCCUUCCUUUUGGUGCUGGCAGGAGGUCGUGCCCUGGAAGCACCUUAGCGUAUAAAAUAAUGCAUUUGAUACUCGCUCGGCUGCUUCAAGGGUUCAACCUAGAAAUGUUGUCGAGGAAUGGAAAAGUGGAUAUGAGUGAGGGGUUGGGGCUUGUACUAACUAAGGCAACUCCAUUGGAAGUGUUGCUCACCCCACGCUUAUCGGGUGAGUUUUAUGAUCAACCAUAGAUAGACCUUCUUAGUGUGUAGUGUGUAUUAUGCAUAUGUAAUGCAUGGUAAAUAGGGGUGUAUACAAGGUCACCUCUACGUUUUAUGACUCUUUUGUACCAAUAAAGUGGACCCAUAUUUAGAAUAUUGUUUUUGGAUCAAGUCCACCAAACUAGAAUAUAGUACCAAUAUGUGGUAAGAAUUAAAGUGUGUGGUAGAGAUUGAAUGCAUGUAUUGUUGAUGUUUGUAAAAUGAAUCUCGAUUGCAUAUUAAUGUUUG